AACACAUGGACCGAGCGGCGAUGAUCCUCUUAGUUGAUCGAUCGACCGAGAUUAUCCCGCCCCGGCCUCGGAUUGGUUAGUUUGAGUUUGGCAGUGGACCGGAUUAGACACGGAUUCUGCGGUUUGCUGCUGGCUUCGGAUGUAGUAGUUCGGUUCGAUCGGGAUCGCGAUCGCGCAAAAAUAGAUUAUCCGGGAGACGACAUAAGCUGGCAAGGGUGGUAGCACGGAUCGAUCGAUUCGCGACGGAUUGGUGUGCGUGAGAUAUUGGAUAUUGGGAAGGAAGUGUGGUCAACAUGGGUCAACUGGAGGAUAUUGUGGAACACAUGAGGAGGUUCUCCUGGCCGGAUUACCUGGUGUUUGUGACGAUGCUGUUCCUGUGCAUCUUGAUUGGAAUCUACUUCGGAUUCAUGCAGCGGAAACCUAGCACCGAAUCGGAGUACCUGAUGGGUGGGAGAACUAUGUUGGUGUUUCCGAUUGCACUGUCGUUGAUCGCUAGCUUCAUAUCCGGCAUUACGCUACUUGGGCUACCGACAGAAGUCUACUCGUUUGGCAUACAGUAUGUGUACGUGUCGCUGGGCGUCAUUACCAUGGGUUUCGUCAUGGGAUUCAUCUACUUGCCCGUGUUCCACAAACUGAACAUCACAUCAACCUACGAGUAUCUGGAAACCCGCUUCGAUCGGCGCCUAAGGAUGUUCGGUUCCGUAAUGUUCACCAUAAUGAAUAUUGGCUAUCUUCCGAUUGUGAUCUACGUUCCAGCACUGGCAUUCAAUCAAGUGACCGGCGUCAACAUCCAUGUGAUUACUCCUAUUGUUUGUAUCGUCUGUGUGUUCUACACCUGUGUGGGUGGGCUGAAGGCCGUUGUCUGGACGGAUGUCGUGCAGACGUUUUCCAUGUUCGGUGCGCUGAUUCUGGUGGCCAUCAAAGGAACAAUUGAUCUAGGAGGCUCGGAUAUUGUGUUCCGAAAUGCGUGGGACACGGGGCGUCUGGAGAGGCCCAACUUUGACAUCAACCCAACUACCAGGCACACGCUGUGGUCACAAUUGAUCGGCGGGUUCGUGUAUUGGCUGCAGACCAAUGCCGUCAGCCAGAACAUGAUCCAGCGCUAUCUAUCGCUGCCGUCGGUCAAAGCAGGCCGGAAAGCUCUGUGGAUCUUUGUAUUCGGCGUGUGCAUUUUGAUGGCGCUGUGUAGCUACAACGGCCUACUGAUCUAUGCCACCUACCGGAAUUGCGAUCCACUGACUACGAAGUUGGCGAAGGCGAAGGAUCAACUGUUGCCGCUGUUCGUGAUGGACAUCCUUGGAGAACUGCCCGGCCUUCCCGGGCUCUUUAUCGCGGGUGUGUUCAGUGCCGCUCUGAGUUCGCUAUCGACCUGCCUGAACUCGAUGUCGGCCGUCAUUCUGGAGGACUUCGUGAAGCCGUUCGUCAAGAAACCGCUUUCGCCGAGGGCCGUCAACUGGAUCAUGCGAUCGGUGGUCGUCGGAGUGGGUGCUCUCUGUGCAGCUCUGGUCUUCGUGGUGGAGAAGAUGGGCACGGUUCUCCAGUUGACCAUGAGCCUGGAGGCCAUCACCAAUGGACCAUUGUUAGGAACGUUCACACUCGGAAUUCUGAUCCCAUGGGUUGAUGCAAAUAGUGCCCUCACGGGAGGUAUUAUCGGAGUCCUGUUUAUGUCCUGGCUAAGUCUGAAGGCGCAAUAUGCCGUUGCGACCGGAGCCAUUGUGUUCCCCCACAAGCAGAUGUCCGUCGAAGGAUGUACCUACGAGUUCGAUCAUUCUCUGGCGAAUGCUACGAUCAGCAGUACUGUUACGGCAGAAGAAAUUUUCCCGCUGUUCCGAAUAUCGUACAUGUGGUAUACCUUCCUGGGGGCUGCGGUUACCAUCCUGGUGUCCGUCUGCUGUACGUUCGUCUUCGGACGCAAUGAUCCGAAGAAAGUCGCACCAGAUCUAAUGGCGGGAUUCGUUCGACGGUAUGUACAUCGGGACGUGAAGAGUGAUCAGGAUAAACUGGCGCAAAACAAUCACGACAAUGGAAAAGUGGUAAAGGAGUCUCAACUCUGAACGGGUCAUUCCAGUAGGCAAAGGAUCCAUUUCGAGACGGUAUGGUAUGCGUUCCUAUAAAUUCGUUAUAUUAAAAUAUAAUUUCCUGGUGGACA